AUGAUAAAUACGUUGAAGCCAGGCCCAUGGAAAGACUGGUUUGAGACAGGGGUCAGCCCUCCAGAUACACACCCGCUGAAAUUGCUCCUCAACGACCCGCAGCUGGCAAAGUAUAUCUGGAGCUCCACUACCUGUGGCGGACAGAUGUCUGGCCUAGCUCUGCAGGCCAGAGAUGACCUGGAGCAGCUUCAAGGAAGCGCUUCCUUUGAGGAUUGGACAGAUACGUUGGCCCUGGUGAUGUCUAGAUCUGUCAUUGAAGACAGGGAGGAGAGGCCAUUGCUGGUCAUGGGGUUGGAUCUACUGCAGGCUGCAGAAGAUCCGGUCUUGAAGUUAGAGCUGAACUAUGGGAAGGAGGGUGCCGUGCUCGGCCUGGGUGGCCGGGGCCCGGAGAAGCUGGUACAUGCCUCGAUGGACAAUUGCAAUGAUGAAUUGCCGGUGCAUCAUUCUUGGGUGAUUGCGGAAAGCGUGCUUCGUGUCACGAAUUCAGAGGCAUUCUAUUUCGAACACCAAUGCUUUGAGGACGAUUUUGCGGGCAUCAAGGAAAGUUGCCUGGAGGACCUGGGCUUGAGUGAUGCACCCUUGAGCUUUACUUUCAGCCUUUCAGACGGAAUCUUGGCGCCCAGGGAGAUUGAUGAAUGGGAGAAGAAAUCUGAGCUUGAAAAGAUGACCCAUGUGUUGCGCUUCCAAACUUGUGGUGGGACCGAUUCUUUCCUUCUGGAUGCGGUCUAUGUCGAGCGUUUCUGGUACAACUGCAACUUUCGCAUUUCCCGAAACAACGAGGUUCCGGAUUCCAGCAAAUUGCAUUUGCAAACAGCUUGUUCAUGGCAAUCCAUUGUGUCUCAGAUCUUGGUGUGCCAAGCUGCCAUGGCUGAGUGUGACAGAUGGCUGGAGCGCUUUGAUGCCAUAGAGGUGUCUCGCGGCAUGAAGAAACCUCGCAAGAUUGCAGCUCUUGUGGUUUUUGGAGUGUGCGUCGCCAGGGCUAUAUUGCAUCAGGUCCAAGAACACAGGAGGACCCAUGACCUCAUGGCAGCGUUCGAUUCUGGGCAUGAUGACCACCUUUCAUCCAAGGAGCUGGCGUCUUUGCUGCAAGCCAACGGGGUGGACGUGUCCCAGGACCAAGUGGGCCGCAUGUUUGGUCGCGUGGACAAUGAAGGUGAUGGCUUCGAUGAUGUGGAGCUGACUCGCAUAUUGAGCAUCGUAUCUGGACUGCCAGCGGUUUCGGAGCGCGUCAAGAUGGCAGCGCAAGCAGGAAACAGCUGGAUGGUGGACCUGAUCCUUUGUACAGUUGCCGGAGUUGGCUUAUAUUAUAUUGUUGGGCAGUCAGAUGUGCUGGAAAAGCGCUGGCUCCAAAGCUCCUUCCGUGGAGCCGUGCAAUUCCACCGAAUGCAGUCCAAGUGUGGCAAGCUCAACAAACAACUUGGGGACUUGUCUGAUGAACGUACCAAGCUUGAGCAAAGCAUCAAGGAAAUUGAGAAGGAAUCUCCUACCAGCGGAGGUGAGGAUCGGUUGUCGGAGCUCAGCAGAUUGUCAACACGCUUGGAGGAGGUCACAGAGCAGCAGAGAGCUGCAACGGAUCAAUUGCAGGCAGAAGUGUCAAAGUGGCAAGCUGCUGCUGAAGAGGCCAUGAGACAGGCCAACAAUGUCAAGUCCAAAAUGGCUAGCAUGAUGACCUGCAUCAAGGGUUUGGAUGCCUUCAGCGGCACUGGGACCAAACGUUUUGACAACGAAGGGGCGCAGCAAGGCUUUUGCCACAAGACCCAUGUUGGCUUUUGCCUCGACACUAUCACAUUCGGAACCAUCGAGGAUGGCAAACUUCUGCUUUUCGAGACGUCUACCCGGCACAAAAUUGGUGAAGGACGUGAUAGCGCAUAUCGCUGCAAAGAGCUCGAGACAGGCGAGGAGUUCGCACUCAAGAUGUACACAAUGAGCAACCCGAGCCAAAGGAGAUCGAUCAUGCAUGAUCUUUACGCUCAUCGAGUUUUGCUUGGAAAGCACCCUCGGAUAGUGAGUUACAAGCGCGUUAUAGAGUCAGAGACGACGAUCUUCGUCUUGAUGGAACUUUUAGCCGGAAAGGACCUUUUUGAUGUGGUUUGCGCUCGAGUGCUUACAGAGGAGCAGGCUCAGCCACUCUUUCGCGAGCUUGUGGAAGGCUUGCAGCACUUGCACAACAACAAAGUGAUUCAUUGUGACGUGAAGCCUGAGAAUGCAAUGGUCCUGGGUAGUAUUGAUUGUGGCACCGCACACCUGAAGCUCAUUGAUUUUGGUUGCUCCUGCUUCAAUGACUUCAUCAAGGAGAGUGAGACAACUGAGAAACGAGCUUGCGUUGUUUACGACAGGUAUAUGCCUCCGGAACUGGGCGCUUCACCCACAGCGGCGCCAACUGUAGCUACUGACAUUUGGCGCCUCGGUUGUACCCUCUACGUGAUGCUGGUGCGAAGCCCGCCCUUCCAUGAUGACGCGCAGACUCGCCCUGGCAUCGAGGCUAGGGAGCAGGGCAGAUUCUACAAACCUGAGUCAUACGAAUUGUUGUCAGAUGAGGCCAAGGCCAUGACCUCAGUGGCGUUGACCAAUGCUUGCUCCAAAGUUGUGGCGUAG